AUGGCAGCCAAAGACAUCAAGAAAAUCGUCAAUAUUCUGGCUUAUGCAGGAAUUGCAAAACCAACUGCCAAGCUAGGCCAAGCUCUAGGGCCACUUGGGUUGAAUAUGGCUCAGGUUUGCAAGGAAUUAAAUGAAAUGACGAACCAUAUUCGCACAGAAACACCAAUCAAAGCCAAACUCUAUGCAAGAUUCGACAAAACUUAUACAAUUGAGCUCCAGUCACCUCCUACAAGUUGGAUGAUAAGGAGAGCUGCAGGAAUUGUUGUAAAAUUCAAUUAGAAAGGAUCGCCUGCUCCUGGGCAUGAAGAUGUAGGGGUAAUCUCUGUCAAAAGCAUUUAUGAAAUCGCAAAGCUUAAGCAAGAAAUGGAUAAGGAAUUCCAAAAAAUUAGUUUACAAAGUAUUUGCACUGUAAAAUAUAUGUAGCAAAUUGUAGGAACUUGCAAGUCUAUGGGCGUGAGAAUAGUGGAAGAAAGAACCAAGCCUAAUUCAAGAAGAAUUCUUGUUAGAAAAAUAGGACAAAAAUAA